UCGCAUUUAUAUCCCACCAGUGUAAAGGGCGGCAAUCAGCAUCAGAUGGCAAUCCCUGGGGCCUUCGGCGGCGCCUCGGUAUCCGUGCGACAAGCGACCCAGGAGGCAGACAAAACCACUAUGGCCGUUGAUUCAGAAUUGACAGAUAUUGCAGCUACUGUAUAUGAUGCCAUUCGCCUUGUGAGAGACCCAGAAAAGGAUGCAACUUUAGAGGACUUAAAUGUUGUCAGUGAAGAAGGAAUAAAGGUUACUAGAUUCAAUGAGGACAAGUAUCUGAUAACAGUGGAAUUUGUCCCAACCAUUUCCCACUGCUCUUUAGCAACUCUCAUUGGCCUCUGCAUACGAGUGAAGUUGAUGCGUGCGCUCCCUUUUCCCUUUAAAGCAGACAUCCAUUUGGCUCCUGGAAGUCAUGAUACAGAACACGAAGUAAACAAACAAAUCAAUGACAAAGAACGUGUAGCAGCAGCUUUAGAGAACCCUAACCUUGCAAGAGUUGUUGAGGAAUGUUUAGUCGAAAGAGAUUGCUAGUUAUCUACGAAAGAGAGAUUUAGAAUUGGGGCAAUAUU